GCUUCCGUGGAGAAUCGGGAAAUAAAGCACUUGAAAGUAGAAUUGGACGCCCAGGCUCACACAUGUUUUGCUACACUUUCGCCUUUCUGAACCUCAGUCUUGGGCACCGACUCUCGUCUACUAGAGCAGACUUCCUCAUAGUCGAGUUCUCAACGACGGUGCCAAAGCAAAGCUCCGUCCUGUGUUGUGGUGGAGGUCGCCGCGUUCAGCGUGCAGGAACUCUCUUAAUCCGCACAGAGUACGUGACGCUUGGGCAAUACACCCGACUCCUGGUAGCUUCCGUGGAGAAUCGGGAAAGCACUUGGAAAAAAACCCUGGACGCCCAGGCUCAUACACCUUUUUCCACAAUAUCGCGCUUUUGAACCUUCUAAUGGUGCAGGUUGUUGAUUACGACAGAGUUUUGCAAAUAGUACAUAGACUACGUCUCCAAUC